CCAUGUCGUUGAGCCCAAAGCAUACUACACCCUUUUCAGUGACUGACAUACUGAGUCCCAUUGAAGAAACCUAUAAGAAAUUUGGUGGCAUGGACAACGCUGGAAACCUCAGCAACCCUUUGGGAGCCUACAGACAGACCCAUGUCUCUCAGACAGGUAUGCAGCAGCACACCAUGGCCCACAAUGCCACAGUGACCACCACAUAUCAUAUGCCACACAGUGUCUCCCAGUUUUCCCAUGGUGCAGUAGGAGGAUACUGUAAUGGUAGCAUUGGUAAUAUGGCAGACAUCCCUUCUUAUCAAGAAACCAUGAGGAACAAUGCGGCUGCUACAGGAUGGUAUGGAACCAACCCUGACCCAAGGUAUUCAACAAUUUCUAGAUUUAUGGGACCAUCUACUGGCAUGAACAUGGCAGGCAUGGGUACUUUGCAAGGUAUUGCUGAAGCUGCAAAGUCCAUGGCCCCCCUUCAUGCAGCCCCAAGAAGAAAGAGAAGAGUCCUUUUUUCUCAAGCUCAAGUUUAUGAAUUAGAAAGGAGGUUCAAACAACAGAAGUAUCUCUCUGCCCCAGAAAGAGAACACUUGGCUAGUAUGAUCCAUCUUACACCUACCCAAGUAAAGAUAUGGUUUCAGAACCACAGGUACAAAAUGAAAAGACAGGCAAAGGAUAAAGUUACUCAACAACUUCAGCAAGAAAGUAAUCUAUGCCAGCAGCAAUCCCCACGCAGAGUAGCUGUGCCAGUGUUGGUGAAAGAUGGCAAGCCGUGUCAAAACAGUUCCAACUCAUCAACCCCAAGCCAGCAAGUUUCCCAACAACAGAACAACUCUAACGGCGUAUUGUCUUCUUCUACUAACGUUGUCCAUCAGCACCAGAAUCAACAGGUUAACUCCAUUAAUCAAGCUCCAGAACUAGAAGAAUUAUCUCCAAGUCCCCAGUCGCUUCACAGUCAGGUAGCCAACAUGGCUCAAAUGGACAGUUCAAGUGUAGAUUACAGCAAUGGAAUGGUGAGUGCUAGUAUGCUCUACGGCCGAACGUGGUAAUGGAUACCCACCACCACUGUGGUUUUAUGAAUAGGUGAAGAGCAACAGAAUAUGUGAUUUUUUUGUGUGCUGGGGGGAAAAUAUACUACUACAAGACUUGUUUGCUAGGACUGCAAUAUCACGACAAGAGGGCUUUUGGGGCAGCUAAAAGAAAUUAAUUUGGAACUACUGGACAUUUCCAAAUAAUUUCUCAGGUUCACUGUCAACUGCAGAUAUGGCAACAUAAAGCACAGGAGGACCAGGGGGUGAAAAACUAAUUUUUAAGCAAGAAACUGAAGAAAAAACUUUCUAUUUUUUUCUUUUUCAAUGUGUAAAUAUUUAACAAGAAAUAACUUGAAUGUAACUGAUGUAGAUCAGUUUCAAAACUAUCAGACUUAUUUAGACUGUUUUCAAAACGUGUCGGACAUUUAAUAAUUUGCAAAUAUGCCAUUUAUUGCUCUGUUAGGGAUAUGUCUCAUUUUUUGUUGUAUUUUUAUAGAAGUGGAUUUUUUUUUAUUUUGUUAGAAGCAGGUUGUUGCUAAGUUAAGAUAUAAUUGAAAUGUUUUAGGAAAACGUUAAUGCCAAUUAAUUUGUGGCUUGGACCAUAAGGUGGACCCUUGCUUACCUAUUAUUGAGAUCAUGAUCACGCAACACAAUAGCACCUAAAUAAAUCACAAUAAAUAUAGGAAAAUAUAACUUACAAUGUAACAGAAUAUUGAGUUUUCAUAGAGAAAAAUACUCCUUAUUUCUGGAGUGAUUUUAUACCAGUUGAUUCUCAAAAAAUAAUUUAAUCUUAAGAACAUAGAUUCUAGCUCAUUUUAUAAAAUAUACGUAACCUAUAAAGUAAGCUUAAACACUCAUUUCGAGUCAAUCCACUACAAAAUACAUAUCAUUUAAUAAAAUAACGAUAUACAUGCUACGUAUCUACCAUUUGUACAAAACCUGAAGAUGUUUUGAUAUUGACGGUUUUUAGAAUUGCUCUAAGUAACUUAUUUUUUAUCGUGUUAAACUAUUUAAACUUGUAUUGUUAUAAAAAUGGUUUAUAUUUCCUAGAAAUAUGUAAGUUUAUCAACAUCGCUAAAAAGGAUAUUAACACUUUGUAUGCCUGGGAUGGACAGCAUGGUAUUAUUUACCCCCGCCCCGGCAGUCAGAGAGUUAAAUUGAUGCAUAAAUAAAUAUCAGAUGCCUAAUGAACUCUAAUUUAAAAAAAUAAAUAAUUUUAGAUAGAAUAUUAUCGAGUUCUUCAAAACACGCCUUAGAAUCUAAAGGAGACCCAGUAAUUCCCCCAUUAGAACAGUAUUAUAUUUCUAAGUUGAAAUCCAUUUUUUGUCAAGACAUAAGGAAAUUGUGUAUACAUUCAUCAGAUUCUUUUUUUGAAGUUUGUGUGUCCUAACGUCUUAAUUUUAUGUUUCCCUUCCAUAUUGUAAAAAGAAAAAAAUAAAGUUAUUGCAAAUGA